AUGUCCAUCCGAGCGAAGCCGCGGGAGCGGUCUUCCCGCAAAAUGACGCCACCGUCGGCCAGCUACAUGUCCGACGACCAGUUCUUCUGCGCAACAGCCGCGUUGUCCGGCCGGGCGGAGCUCGACCGCUUCCGUCCAAGCUGUGUGGCCUCUCGCCGGCUCGCUGAUCGUCAAGCCGCCAGCGGCACGCUGCCACGCACGUCCAGCGACCUGUCGGAUGUGUCGGUGGUCGGCAGCCUGACCUCCCGCUACUCGACCAUCAGUGGCCGGGGCCGCGACUACUACCCCGAGAAGAAGACGUCGUCUCUUCGCACCCUGCCACCACCACUGCGUCCCGACGAGGUCGUGCCGACUGACACGUACAUUGAGCGUGGUCAGCGCUGGAUGGAGAAGGAGGAGGCCGUGUCUCUGCGACAUGCCCUCGAAGAUAUGGACCUCAAAGGCAACAGCAGCAGCAGUAGUAGCAGCAGCAACAGCAGCAACAGCAACACUGCUACAGGCACAACACGACCACUCUCGACCGUCACGACAAAGGCCCUUGUGCCUGCACCGGCUGCCGACGGCACGACGCCCGAAGACGCCGACGAACACCGGAUCUACCAUGCCGCGCUGGACGAGGCGGCUGAGCUCGUGUGGCAGCACCAGAACGGCGUCAAGCCGCCCGAACCCGGGACGCCCUACUCGUACAAGCAGCAUCUGCGCAAGAACAGCUACGCCUAUGCCCGCACAGCCAGCGUCGGUCGGUAUGGCGACGACAUUGAGCCGACCGGCCUGGCGCGCGACCCGGCUGCUCGCUCAGUCUCGGACAGCUCAGCGUCGUCUGUGGAGGGCAACGGAUUCACGUCGUCGCACAGCCGCUAUUCGCUCAGCAGCAGCACUCGUCCGAGCCUCGACCAGCCGGCUGCCGUUCCCGAGGCCACAACCACAGCCACAGCCACAGCCACAGCGACGAUCCGAUCUUCGGCGUACACGAGUCUGACGGGCGGACCAAGACCGAUGGCAAAGAGCAGCAGUGCGGCCAAGCGACGGAGCAGCAUGAAGCGCAACAUCAGCGGCGAGGUCGAGAAGCCGUUCUCGGGCGACCAGAUCUACGAGGAGCCCGAGACGGCGACAGAGAAGGACGGAGACGGCAGCGGCGACAAGACGGCCGAGAGCAGUGGCAGCAGCAGCAAAAGCAGCAACAGCAUUCUGCGGGCGGCCGUCGAGAACACGGUGCACGGCAGCAGCAACACGUUGGCGGCGGUGUCGAAGCUGGUGUCGCGCUAUGAGAUCCACCGCAACCCGCCGUCACAGUCGCGCAACCCGCAAUACACAACCAACGCGGUGUCUAAGCCGGUGGUCACGGUGCAGCCGCAGGCGAAGCAGCAGCCGCCGAGUGAGCCAGGACGGGCCAAGGCAUCACGGCAGAGGCUGCAGGCGAGCGUGGUGUCGGACGACGAGGACUCGACGGACUCGGCAGCGGGCGUGGUGGACGGCGUGCCGCGUCUGAACGGCGUGGAGAUCCGCAGCGAUGAGAUCCGACAGGCCACCAGCAUGAAGUUGAAGGACCGCAACCCGAAGCUGCCGACGCCGUCGUUUGUCAGCGACAAUCCGGGUCGCCCGAUCGUAAGCUUUGACGCCAACUGGAAACAGGAAGCCCCCCCCGUCGUCGCGGGCCAAGAGUCGGCCACUGAUGCGCAGCUAGAAGGCAGUGGAAGCGGGAGCAGAGCGCGAUUCGGCAGCAGCAGCAACAACAGCAGCAGCACCGCCACACCAGAGCCACGUCCCAAAGGCUCGCCCUCGCCCUUCUCGUCUGCCGUCCGCGGUCGCUUCUCGACAGCCCCGUCGGUCCCUGUUGUCGCGCCUGUGGCGAGCUCUUGGUCAACGCCGCCAUCACGGCAGCAGCAGUCACCAACACGCCGCGAAGGCGCUAUGAGCGACAGCAGUAAACCAAUUCACAGCCGCAACGACAGCAACCCACUACCCACCAUCGCUGUCACCCCUUCGGAACCGCCGCGACCAUCACACCGAAUGUCCAUGUCGAUUCCCUCGAUCUCGGUCUCGGCAGAGCCAUCAUCUUCUUCACGCCCUCCGAUCCCGACGAUUGUGCUACCCGGAGACGACGCCGACGAGUCGAAGGUGUCCGACGACAACAGCACAGCACGACAGCAGGGCAGGAGCCGUCCGCUUCCGAGCAUUCUGACGCCCGACCAGACCCGAACCUCGGCCACACCGACGACAGCGUCGCGACGACCCUUGCCCACGCCUGGCAGCAGCAGCUGGCCGCGGGGACACUGGUCACGGGCGCCGCCGUCCGGGUCGAGCGCGUCGAACACGUCGCACGCGUCAGCAAGCCGGGCCACGGCGCUGUGCCAUGAGUGUGGCUACGCGAUCGAGGGCCGGUUUGUGGCGCUGGCCGGACAGCGACAGACUGGCUCGACGGGCUCGACGAGUGCGAGUGCGACGGGCUCGACGGCAGCAGCGGCAGGUCUGGAGCGAUUUCACCCGGGCUGCUUCCGCUGUCAUGCAUGCGGGACGUCGCUAGAGGCGCUAGAGAUCUCGCCAGAGCCAGACAAGUCACGUGCAGCACGGCUAGACCGAAUCGCACGUCGGGCACAUGGCGAGCAGCUGGAGGAGCGGCCGGGCGAGACGAUGGCCGAGGACGGCGACGGGCGGCUGCGCUUCUUCUGCCACCUGGACUGGCACGAGCUGUACGCGCCGCGCUGCCACCACUGCACGACGCCGAUCGUGGGCGAGCACGUGGUGGCGCUGGGGCAUCACUGGCAUGUCGGGCACUUUUUCUGCGCCGAGUGCGGCGAUCCGUUUGGGCCCGGGGCUACCCACAUUGAGAAGGACGGCUACGCCUGGUGCGUGGGCUGCCAGACGCGGCGGACGGAGCGGCGGGCGCCACGCUGUCGGGCCUGUGGCAAGCCGGCCAUUGGGGCGUAUGUGCAGGCGCUGGGCGCCGAGUGGCACGACGACUGCUUCCGCUGCGCCGUCUGCGAGGGCGGCUUUGUCGACGGGCAGAUCUUUCCGCGGCAGGGCAAGGGAGGCCUGAUGCAGGUCGUCUGCACCGGAUACAAAGGUCGCAUCGGCAUCGGACAGACAGACGGACAAGCAUAG